AUGGCCAACUUCGGGGGGCCAACUCUUCUCAAACGCAGUCUUGGGCUGCAAGAGGACCGUUACAGCCAGUAUGUCGGGCCCACAACGGACUUUGAGCCGUCAUUGAUCAACCUCUCUACCUUUGACCCCCAUGAUGAAAGCCUCUUAUCACGAGGAACCCUUCGGAAGGUCAGUGACGAUGAUACCUUCUUGCUCCUGCCCGACAAGAACACGCCAGGGUACGAGCACAUCUACGAGGAUAUCGACGAGAUUGAGAGCCUUGUUGCGCCUCACGGAAAGAAGCUCGUGGACCUUUACUUUCGCAUCAUCCAUCCUGCCUACCCAAUCAUCCAGAAGAAUGUCUUUUACGAAAAGUACGAGCGCUCACCCAAGGAGUUUUCGCCGCCGCUACUUGCCGCCAUGUACAUUCUAGCCAUCAACUGGUGGGACCAGGACGACGACCUAUCGCCUCUGCCCCGGCCUAAUGUCAGGCGGUUGGAGAGGCUCGUCCGCACAACCCUCGCGGACGCAAUGUACCGACCGAAGCUGUCAACUGUUCAAGCUGGGCUACUACUCUCGCAAAGACCCGAGGGUGAUCAGUGGGCACCAACAGCACAACUGAUUGCCAUUGCACAGGAACUUGGGUUGCACCUCGACUGCUCGCACUGGAAGAUACCUCUGUGGGAACGGGGUCUGAGGAAACGACUUGCUUGGGGCCUGUACAUGCAAGAUAAAUGGGGCGCAUUAAUACACGGGCGGCCUUCGCACAUCCUGGCAUCUCAGUGGGCAGUCCAGCUCCUGGGGCCGAACGACUUUCCUGACGUGGAGUGGGAAGAAGACGACGCGGACGGGAGGGACGACAUUGACAAGGGCCGUACGCUCUUCUCGCAGAUGGUCCAGCUAACGCAGAUCAUGAGCGAGAUACUCGAGACCUUCUACACCCUGCAAGCGAUGCAGAAUGUCAACAACGCCGGGGCACAGGGGACCCACCUCGUGCUGUCGCUCGCAAAACCGAUUCAGCUGAAGCUCAAGGAGUGGUACGCGGCGCUCCCGGCAGCGAUACGGAUGGACUCGACGUACCAGACCCCCGUUGCCAACGCAAACUCCAACCGCCUCUCCAGUAUCGGGUACUUGCAUUUGGCCUACUUUGCCACCGAAAUCACCCUCCACCGGCGCAUAGUCAGGUCCUUGGCGCAGACGCACCCGGCGCCUACGUCGAGCGACUCAGGCACGCCGCCCGGGACAGCGUCGUCGGCCGCGUCGGCCAACGACAGCUACAUCCUGCACAUCUGCCGCAACGCGGCCAAGGCGCGGCUGAUCUCGGCCAUGGACUUUGUCAACCGGCUGACGCCGUCGCACCUGCGCGCGUUCUGGUACUUCGCGUCCAAGACCAACUUCGCCCUCAUCGGCACCUUCGGCUCGCUGCUGUGGGCCACCAGCCCCGGCCGCGAGGAGGCUGAGUGGUACCGCCGCCGCCUGGGCGAGUACCGCUGGACGCUAUCAGUGUCGUCCAAGCCCGGCGAGGGCCGCGGCUUGACCGAGUUCGCCAUGGGCAUGCUCGACAUCUCCACCGGCCUGCUCAAGAAGCUCCCCGAGAAGCCCGCCACCAUGAGCCGCUCCGGCAGCCUGACGGGGCUGGCGGGCGCCACGGGCGGCAGGCGCACGAGCCUGCUCGCACUGGGCGGAGGUGGCGGAGCGGGAAUGAGCAUGGGUGGUGUUGGGUCUGGCAGCUACAUCGUUUCUGGCUCCGGCGCAGACAGUGGCCUGAUGGACCUUGACACGAGUGGCGGUAGCGGCGCGCCCAGCGGGAUGCACUCGCCGCGCAGCCAGGGCGAUGACGCGGACAGGAGCGACGACAGCGGGAGUUCCGACGAGGCCAUGGGAUACAGCGGCGGAUUCGCGCCCACGGCGGGAAUGGCGACAAGCAUGGCGGACUAA